CCUGACAGACAGUCUGACACCAACCUCCUCCCAGCGACGCUGCGACCUGCGUGGGAAGUCUGGGUCCGGCGAGCCGGCGAUCGAGGACCUGCGGCGGCGUCCGGUCUUCCGAUCUUCCUUGCCGGCGAUCUAAACCUCCAAGGGCAACGUAGUUGUCACCAACACCAACAGCCGAGCAGAGCAGGUGAUUGUUCCAGUUCAGGCUGCCUGCUCAUGGAAGGAGCCAUGUCAAGCUCUCCAAACUCAAGGAUUGCUCUAGUCACCGGCGGAAACAAAGGGAUCGGGCUAGAGGUGUGCAAGCAACUGGCGAGCAACGGCAUCACCGUCGUUUUGACAGCUAGGGACCAAGCUAGGGGGACGGCUGCCGUCCAGGAGCUCAAUCGUCUGGGGUUCUCUGACGUUAUUUUUCAUCAGCUAGACAUCACAGAUGCCUUGAGCAUCGCUCGGUUGGUUGACUUCCUGAAGAAUCGCUUUGAGAGGCUCGAUAUCCUGCUGAAUAAUGCCGCGAUCGGUGGAACUGAACGUCCUCCACUUUGUGGUUCGAUGCCUGUCGACAAAAAGGUGCAACAGUUCGACGGCAUGGACAAGAACCAGAGACUUGAAUGGCUGUUCAAAAACUGUCGCGAGACGUACCAAGCCACAAAGCAGUGCCUGCAGACCAACUACUACGGCACAAAGCAGGUAACAGAAGCUCUCUUGCCCCUGCUCCAGUGCUCCCCUGACGGCAGAAUCGUCAAUGUCUCCUCCAGCGUUGGGUUGCUAAGGCAAUUCAGAAACGAGGAGCUAACGCAGGAGCUGAACGACAUCGACCAGCUGACCGAGAAGAGGCUGGACGAGCUGCUGGAUAUGUUCCUCAAAGACUUUGAGGCCGGCCGAGUGCAGGUGCGCGGAUGGCCGGCCGAGUUCCCAGCGUACAAGGUGGCCAAGGCCGCCAUGAACGCCUACUCGAGGAUCCUCGCUAGGAGGCAUCCGGCGCUGUGUGUCAACUGCGCAGACCCCGGCUUCACCAGCACCGACAUGACCCUCAACACGGGUGUCCUUACGCCCGACGAAGGUGCGGGCAACAUCGUGAGGGUGGCUUUGCUGCCCGACGGCGAGCUGACCGGUGCAUACUUCCAGGAGGGCCAGCAGGCAUCGUUCCUAUGAUACUGGCCGGGCAUUUUCGAUCUUCUAGUUGUUGUGGUGGUGGUGGUCUUGUGGAUGGAAGAAUAAGUUUAUUCAGCCCUGGGCGAGUAUAUUCAUGUAGGCUUUCAAAUUCGUGUAUAAUGUCAUUUAAGAAAACUGUACAUUGCUAAAUUCAUUAGGGUACUAUUGUCAAACUAAUGUAAGGAUAAGUGCACAUGCCGCUUUUCACAA